AUGUUCGACACAGCUGGUUUUGAAUGUGUCAUCUCCGCCGGUGGCUCUGGGGCCUCUGGGGCCUCCUCUGGGGCCUCCUCUGGGGCCUCCUCUGGGGCCUCCUCUGGAGUCUCCUCUGGAGCUUCCUCUGGAGCUGGUCGUCAGGGUGUGUGUGCUCUCCAGCUGUGGGAGCAGGUCGUCCUGCUGCAGGAGGAGCUGGCCCGAGGCCGUGAGGAGAAGACCAACUUCAAGCUGGAGCGGGAUCAGAACCUGGACUUAUGGGAGAUCAGCAAGAGGAGUUUAGAGGAGGUGGAGGCCCAGCUGAGGAGCAAGAGAUGGGAGAAGGAGGAGGCUCAGGAGCGCCAUCACCGGGAGACCUCUACCUACCAGCAGAAACUGAAACACGUCCAGAUGGAGCAGCACGACGCCGUCACCGAGCUGAAGCUGGACGCGGUGACCGAGGCCUCCGGGGGCCAGAGUCAACACACCGAGUCCGAGCUGGAACUCCGCAGAACCAUUCAAGACCUGCAGGCGGAGCGCAGGGAGAAGAUGUCUCACAGCGAGAUGCGCCUGAAGCAGCUGAAGCUGGAACAACAGGUGGAAUUAAUAGAGCUGAACAAGGGCUACGAGCGCCGGAUGCAAGCGAUGGGGAACAUAUCCAAUCAGCGAAUGUGUUCUCUGAUUACGACGGAGGAGAAGAAGACGAGGGAGCAGCUGGAGGAGGUGGAUGAGAGGAUGAGGCUUCGUGUGUUGGAGGUGAAGAAGGCGAGCGAGCAGAAGCUGCAGGAGGCCUCUGAAUGUCAGACCCUGCUGGUGAAACUCUCCAAGCUGAAGGAAGAAGAGCAGCAGGUGCAGAGGGAGAAGGAGAGACUAGACAGGAAGCUGAGCGCUGCCGAGCAGGAACACCAACGGCUGACUGAGUGUGUGAGAGAGUUACAGCUCAGAGGCGCCGGGCUGCACAACCAACUGCAGCAACUCCAGGAUGAAGACGCUAGGAGUGGAGCUCGUGGAAAGUUGAUCAACAAGGAGAUCAGAGAUCAGACAGUGAAAAAUGAACUGCUGCAGCAGGCCGUCCAAAAGGCGCAGCUGGAGUGUGAUGAGCUGCUCAGGUCUCAGCAGUCUCAGGCGUUGGAGCUUCAGGAGCGUCGCACCCUGAAGGAGAUGCUGCUUCACAACAAGCUCUCCUCCCUGACGCACACACUGCAGAGGCUGCAGCUGGGCCUGAGUGGUGGUUGA